UCUGUGAUAAAUACCCGCAGAAAUAGGGCUUGGUUCUGUCAGACUUCAUCCACAUAAAAGCCCAGGCUGCCAUUGGAGAGCCCGUUGGCAAGAGCGAUCAAGACGCAGACGCAGGAGAUAUCGCAGAAAGGCGCCGACGAACGCAGUGUCCAUCACUUCGGCUGAUGUAACCUGACGUCGUAUGUUGGACUCAGUUAUUUUACAGUAGCAACUUCGUCAAAAAAGAGACAAAAUAAGGCGAGAAAAUGGGACAUACCGCAAUACCUGUAUUGAUGGCUGUAUUGUUCUAUUGUGUGUGGGAAAACGAGGCGCUGGCCAUGGCUGAGGCGAAUGGGCCAGGCCCCGAGGUGGCAGAGCCGCAGAUCGCCAUGUUCUGUGGCCGUCAGCUCCUGCACAUGAACCUACAGACUGGCCAGUGGGAGCCAGAUCCUCAGGGCCGCCAGGGCUGCUUCAAAGAGCCCAGCAAAAUCCUGUCCUACUGUCAGGAGAUGUACCCAGCACUUUCAAUCUCCCAUAUUGAGGAGUCAAAAAGACCCGUCACCAUACCUGCCUGGUGUAAGAAAGGUUGGGGCCACUGCCAGACACACCCCUUCAUUGUCCUGCCCUACCGCUGCUUAGAGGGCGAAUAUGUGAGUGAGGCCCUGCUGGUGCCUGACAGAUGCCGUUUCCUCCACCAGGAGCAGAUGGAUGCUUGUGAGAGUUACAUAUACUGGCACAACAUUGUUAAGGAGGAAUGCACUGCAGAUAAUCUGGAGCUCCAUAGUUAUGGGAUGCUGUUGCCAUGUGGAGACAAUUUCCGGGGAGUCGAGUAUGUGUGCUGCCCAGGCCGAGGGAGCUCUGGUGGUAAAGGGGAGGUGGAGGAGAAGGAUGUCCCCACCGGUACUCAGGCAUUCACAUCCCAGACCAGUGGCAAACUCAGUUCUGUUACAAAAGUGACUGCCCCCACUCCAAGCCCUUCUACUGACACAGAUGUGGAUGAGGCUGAUAUGGAAGAGGAGGAUGAUGAAGUAGUAGAAGAAGAAGAGGAAGAAGAGGAGGAGGAGGAAGUUGAUGAGGAGGAAGCAGAAGAAGAGGAGGAAGAGGAGGCAAUAGCUGUGAAAGAUCCAGAGGAGUAUGACUACCCUAUUGACUCCGGACCCUACCAGACAUCCGACUAUCUGGACACCUUCUACUACGAGAAAAGCCACAAACCCACCACCUCAGCACCUCUGAUGAAAGGGGACAGCUUGACUACGCCUCGGCCUACAGAUGGUGUUGAUGUUUACUUUGAGAAGCCAGUGGAUGACACUGAGCAUGCCAACUUCCUGCGUGCCAAAACAGACCUGGAGGAGCGCAGAAUGAAGCGCAUCAAUGAGAUCAUGAAGGAGUGGGCAGAGGCAGACAACCAGUCAAAAAACCUGCCCAAAUCAGAGCGACAGGCCCUGAAUGAGCACUUCCAGUCUGUACUGCAGACGCUGGAGGAGCAGGUUGCUGGAGAGAGGCAGAGGCUUGUGGAGACUCAUCUUGCUAGAGUUGAGGCCAUUCUUAACAACAACCGUCGUCUGGCCCUGGAGAACUACCUGACUGCUGUGCAGUCUGAACCCCCUCAUCCGGAGCGUGUGUUGGGGGCUCUGAAGCGUUACAUGGCUGCAGAGCAAAAGGACCGCAGACACACACUCAGGCAUUACCAGCACAUUGUGGCUGUCGAUCCCCAAAAGGCUGAGCAGAUGAAAUUUCAGGUGUACACACAUCUCCAUGUGAUUGAGGAGAGGAUGAACCAGAGUCUUGCUCUGCUGUACAAGGAUCCCAUCUUGGCUGAGGAGCUGCACAAUGAUAUCCAGGAGCUGGUCAAAGCAGAACGGGGAGAUAUCAGUGAGCUCAUGACCACCUCUUUCUCGGAGACACGCACCACUGAGGAGCUCCUACCAGCUGAGAGUGAGGAGGAGAAGGAUGAUGAGGAGGAAGAGGAGAGAGCCUUCCAGAACAGGCCUUAUCCUCCUCGCAUUGAACCGCAGUCUAAUAAGAAAGCAUCUGCAGUCGAUGAAUAUGAUUAUACCACAUCUGAAAAAGGCCCUACUUAUGAAUAUGAGGAAAAGAUCAACAUCUCUGGGGAGCUCAAGCAGGUAGUCAACAAGUCUCCUGAGAUUGCGAGAGCUGAGCUGCAACCUGAUGCCUUGGAGACCUUUAACCGUGGUGCCAUGGUGGGGUUGCUGGUGGUGGCAGUAGCGAUUGCCAUGGUGAUGGUAAUCAGCCUGCUGUUGGUGCGCAGGAAGCCAUAUGGCACUAUCAGUCAUGGCAUUGUAGAGCAGGUCGACCCCAUGCUGACACCAGAAGAGCGACAGCUCAACAAAAUGCAAAACCAUGGCUAUGAAAACCCCACCUACAAAUUCUUUGAACAGAUGAACUGAAGUACUGGGGCUGCCAACAAGUCAUGCCUGAUCAUCUGUUUUGUCUCCCCUUUCCUCCUUACAGUGGUGUCCUUACAUUCACUUUGACAGAUUUAUGAUGUGUUGCAAACAUAAAGUAACUGAAUAAGUACCUCCCAAACCCAUUGUAAAUGACCAACAAUGACCUAUCAACAUUACCAGAUUGUGAAUAAUGAGAUAGUAUGAUUCAGAAUCAUCUAUUGUAAUCUUAUACUCUUCUGGAUUUGACUCUGGGGAUUGUAUUUUCCAUUAGUAGUGCCACAGCAUUUCAUAAUCCUGAAAACAUUCACUUCACAGACAGGAAAACUGUCCCAGUGGCAUGACUUGAUCUAUUGCUCCUCACUAGAAACUGAAGUCAAACGGUGCGUAAUGCUUUAUAAUAUUUAUUUUUCAGUAGUAGUAGUAGUAGUGUCUUUGUUCAGCUUGUACCACAGUUAGGUAUAAUGUAUCUGUGUAGAUGAGUGUGGGUGACAGCCUAGUUAGAUUAUAGUGAUAUUCUCAAUUUUAAUACCACUGGGUGAUAAAAGGGCAAUUACAAAGCCAUUUGUAACAUUGGACAAUACCUCUAAUAGACACAUGGACAUUAAGUGUGGAGGUGUUUACUUUGAAUGUAUGAGACAUUUAGACUUUCAUUUAUGACACAGAAGGCCACACUGGUCGAUACAGAACGGUGUGCUGGUGGUACAAAAACACAUCAACUUUUUGACUUCUGAGGAUCUGCCCUCAAAAUUAUUAUUAAUUAUUUGGAAAAAUAUACCAAAUAUUCCAUUUAGCUAAUUUAGUAGGUGGCUGAGUUUGUUUCAUUUGUACUGCUACCUAAACAACUGUAAAACAGAAAAAUAAGAAGUCCAUUGUUUUAUUGAAAGCAUGACAACUUGGUGUAUGAUGCUGCUGUAUUUAUUUGUGUUGUUCCUGUCAUUGCUUUUUGAAAAGUCAGAAAUGUCUCUGUUCAAAAUGGACACUGUAAAUAACGUAAGAAAAGCAUACAACUAGAUGUAGACAUUUCUAUGAUUAAUUUUCAUUGAUGUAAUGGAAUAAUACAUAAAAAUAGUACAUUGUGCUAUACAUGGCUGAUUGAAAACGGACUGUUGUAAAAACCAGCACAAGACAACAACACAGUAACUUCUUUCUGAAUGUAUUUAAGGUAGACGUUGAGAUUCCAUCUUCUUUUCAGUGUCGCAUAAUUCCUCGAGUAGAUGUUGAUAGGAGUAGUGAGGUUCAGCACAUACAACAGACUGACUACAUGCCUGACACCGCUCUCAUCACUUCCUAUAGCAACCUGUUCAUUUUCACAUUUGGCAGAUGUGUAUCAGAACAGAGGAGCUUAAAGCGUAGGCAUAUUGUACUGUAGAGGACAGCGGAGCGUGAAGAAGCCACCGCUAUAGUAAUGUGUAUUGUCAGUGUGUGUAGUAAGACCUAAAAACAGGCCAUUCAGGCAUGAUAGUAGUAAAGCAUACUGUAUGUCUUAAAUCUGCCAGUUUGACAUCGUUGGACUCAACAACACUGAAUGUUAGUACUCUGGAGAUGCUAUGUUUAAGUUACUCUCAUCAUAAAUAGCUUUUCCCUGAAUGACUCAUUGUAGUUCGUCAUAUUUAUGAUCAACAUAGUACCCUAUAUAGGUAAGUAAAAAAGGGACUGUCCCUUUUUUUUUUUUUUUUUUUGGCUGAUUGUUAACUGUUUAGUGUGUCAGAUUGAUUUCUUUCAGCCACUUUAUUCUGUCAGAACAUCUUAGGAAAGGUCACAUUGUGGGAUGUUGCCUUUUGAUCAAGCUUUUGUUUUUAAUUAUAUGCCAUAGUACAGGGAUAACCCAAACCAAAAUUAGUUCAUAUUUUAUGUACUGGUUUUCUUUAAUAACCUGUGUUUGUUCAUUUAGAGGAAAAUUAAUUUAUAUAUAACUGUGUGGACUUUUCAUUGAGCAAAAGACUUUGACUGUCAUAGUUUUGAUUUACCUUUAAUCUUCUGUUUUCCUCAUCAGGCAGGUUUAAUUGCUGGUUGCGGUUACGUUAUGACAGGUGAAGAGAAGUCAUAACCCUUGUAUAAUUUGUACAGCUACGUUAGUGAAUGAAAACGUUGUAUGUUCACAGUUUAAGUCAAUUGAUCUUGUAAUGAUACUACUGAAACCAUAGAUGAGAAUAAGCUUGCCUGUGUUUCCCAAACCACUGAAGGUUUCCUACCAGCAUUUAGCAGACUUAGAAUGGUGUAAACUGUAGUUAACUCACAUUUGUAUGUAUGUCCUCUGUCGGAUUCUUGAUUUUUUUUUUUUUUUUUUUUUGUCGGUCUGUCCCCUUACUUCCCAAUGAAAUAUACACAAUGUUAUUGAGAUUGUAAUUGCUGCAUUAUUGCCUUUUACAAUGCUGUGUUUUGGAUGUAAUUAUUCUGUAUAUUUUAUUUAUAUGUAAUAAUCGGUUGGAUCAAGGGUCAUGCUUUUCACCUAUAAUCUGAUUUUAGAAGCUUGUAUGAGAAAACACUGACAAGUUUAUAACAUUCAGAAAUGUGAACUAUAGAUAGACAAAUGGCCUCUGCCUAAUUGAUGAGGAGUGGCACUAAAGCACAAGUAGAACCAAAUUACUCCAUUUGUGUACAGGUUGCUAAAUGUUAGAUAUCGAUUCUGUCUGAUUUCACUUAUACUGUACUGAUUGUAGGGAUGUUGAUAGCAUCAUUAAAAGAGCUAGUUCUUAAUUUUCAUUCAGACCUUUAACCAAAGACAUGCUCCACAAAUAAGCAGACAGAUAUUCUAAUUUGGCAAAAUAUUCUCUGUUGUGUAACUGUAUCGACAAGCGAUCUGAGAAAUUAAAAAUGGUCAAGUGACUUACUAGUGUAAUAAAAAUGAUUGACCCAUAA